AUGGCCGCCGCGAUCGACGAGGCCGCCGCCGCGCCCGCCGACGCCGCCGCGCCGACGGAGCCGGAGCCCGCGGCGGCCAAGGAGGAGCCGGAGGAGGAGGUCGCGGAGGAGGAGGUCGCGCUCGUCGAGGAGGACCCGCGCGAGCACCUCAACGUCGUCUUCAUCGGCCACGUCGACGCGGGGAAGUCGACGCUGAGCGGCAACAUGCUCUACCUCACGGGCUUCGUCGACAAGCGGACCAUCGAGAAGUACGAGCGGGAGGCGAAGCAGCGGAACCGCGAGUCGUGGUUCUUGGCGUUCAUCAUGGACACGAACGAGGAGGAGCGGGCCAAGGGCAAGACCGUCGAGGUCGGCCGCGCGCCCUUCGAGACGGAGGUGAAGCGCUACACGAUCCUCGACGCGCCGGGCCACAAGUCGUACGUGCCGCACAUGAUCUCGGGCGCCGCGCAGGCCGACGUCGGCAUCCUCGUCAUCUCCGCGCGCCGCGGCGAGUUCGAGACGGGCUUCGAGCGCGGCGGCCAGACGCGCGAGCACGCCAUGCUCUGCAAGACGCUGGGCGUGCGGUUCCUGCUCGUCGUCAUCAACAAGAUGGACGACCCCACCGUCCAGUGGAAAAAAGAGCGCUACGACGAGUGCGUGUCCAAGCUCAAGCCCUUCCUCAAGACCUGCGGCUUCAUCAUCCGGAAGGAGGUCAAGUUCAUGCCCAUCUCGGGCCUCGUGGGGUCCAACGUGCUCAACCAGGUCGACGCGGCCGUCUGCCCCUGGUGGCAGGCGUGCGUCGACGCGGGCGACCACAACACGACGGACGCGACCUUGAUCGGCUGCCUCGACAAGCUGACCAUCGAGGGCCGCUCCGCCGAGUCGCCCGUGCGCAUCCCCGUGCUCGACCGCUUCUACGAGCGCGGCACGAUGGUCAUGGGCAAGGUCGAGUCGGGCCGCAUCGCCAAGGGCAUGAAGCUCACGAUCAUGCCCACGAAGCAGGAGGUCAAGGUCGAGCAGGUCUACGUCAACGAGACGACGCCCGUCUUCUCCGCCAAGCCGGGCGAGAACGUGUCCUUCAAGGUCUCCGGCGCGGCCAUCGAGGAGAUCUGCAAGGGCUUCGUGCUCUGCUCGGCGCCCGUCUGCCGGGCCGUGAACAAGUUCACGUGCCAGCUCGCGCUCGUGGAGCUGCUGGAGCACCGGCCCAUCUUCACGAGCGGCUACACGUGCAUGCUCCACGCGCACACGUGCGAGACGGAGGUCACGUGCUCCAAGCUCCUGAGCCAGGUCAACGCCAAGGUCAAGCCCAAGCCCGGCGCGCCGCCGCGGCCCAUCUGCUUCGCCAAGCAGGGCGCCGUCGUCAUCGCCCAGCUCAGCGUGCCCGAGACCAUCUGCCUCGAGGUCUUCGAGGACAUGAACCAGCUCGGCCGCUUCACGCUCCGCGACGAGGGCAAGUCCAUCGCCAUCGGCAAGAUCAUCUCCCUCGACGAGUAG